UCUCUUAAGACAUAAAAAGAAAUAUAACUGUUGAGUGUUGCGGAGCGUUUAGUGUAUUUCGAGCUUAGUUUAAGCGCUUCUUCAGUAACUAGCCCAUUAACAUGAGAGUUUCAAUGUUGUCCAUUUUGUAAUCUUUCUGCGCGGAGUCGUUAUUUGCCCGUACGAGCUGCCCGGUCGGCUGUAACUUCCAUUCAACCACGGAUCCAACAUGUCGGAUUUCGACGAGUUCGAGCGGCAGCUGACGGAGAACAAGCACGAGCGGGACAAAGAGAACCGACACCGGCGGCGCUCGGCCUCCAGGAGCCGCAGCCGCGAGCGAAAGAGGCGAAGCCACGAGAGGAGGAGCCGCGAUCGGCGGAGCCACAGCAAGGAGCGCAGACACCGGCGGAGUGAUGCUGGGCAGGUGCGAUGCUGGGCUGCAGCAGCGAACCACAUGUCUCAGCCUGACAUGAAGAGCCGCUCCCCACACCGUGAUAAGAAGAAGAAAGUGAAGAAGUAUUGGGAUGUCCCACCGCCCGGCUUUGAGCACAUCACACCCAUGCAGUACAAGGCCAUGCAGGCUGCUGGGCAGAUUCCUGCUACUGCCCUUUUGCCUACAAUGACCCCUGAUGGGCUGGCAGUAACACCCACCCCUGUGCCUGUGGUGGGUAGCCAGAUGACACGGCAGGCUCGCAGGCUCUACGUUGGCAACAUCCCAUUUGGCAUCACUGAGGAGUCCAUGAUGGAUUUCUUCAAUGCUCAGAUGCGCCUAGGUGGUCUCACCCAGGCUCCCGGAAAUCCCGUACUUGCUGUGCAGAUUAAUCAAGACAAGAACUUUGCCUUUCUUGAGUUCCGCUCAGUGGAUGAAACCACCCAGGCCAUGGCCUUUGAUGGGAUCAUUUUCCAGGGUCAGAGCCUAAAGAUACGCCGGCCUCACGAUUACCAGCCCCUGCCUGGUAUGAGUGAGAACCCCAGUGUCUAUGUGCCAGGGGUGGUUUCCACAGUGGUUCCAGACUCUGCUCACAAGCUCUUCAUUGGUGGCUUGCCCAACUAUCUCAAUGAUGACCAGGUGAAAGAGUUGCUUACCUCGUUUGGUCCGCUGAAGGCCUUCAACCUGGUGAAAGACAGCGCCACUGGAUUGUCAAAGGGUUACGCUUUUUGCGAGUAUGUGGACACCAAUCUGAAUGACCAGGCCAUUGCUGGACUGAAUGGGAUGCAGCUGGGAGACAAGAAACUCCUUGUACAGCGAGCCAGCGUAGGAGCCAAAAACGCCAGUCUUCAGAGCAGUAUGAACCAGACCCCGGUAACGCUGCAGGUUCCAGGGCUGGUGAGUAGCUCUGUGGCGCAAAUGGGUGGCCUGCCUACCGAGGUCCUCUGCCUCAUGAACAUGGUGGCUCCAGAGGAGCUACUCGAUGAUGAAGAGUACGAGGAGAUUGUUGAGGAUGUGCGCGAAGAGUGCAGCAAGUAUGGCCAGGUGAAGAGCAUCGAGAUACCCCGACCUGUUGAUGGCCUGGAGGUGCCUGGCACAGGCAAGAUCUUUGUGGAGUUCACAUCGGUGUUUGAUAGCCAGAAGGCCAUGCAGGGCCUGACAGGCAGAAAGUUUGCUAAUAGGGUGGUAGUAACCAAGUACUGCGACCCUGAUGCCUAUCACCGCCGAGACUUUUGGUAGACACCGAGAGGGAGGGGGAUUUUGAGACAGGGACACAAGUCAGGGGAAGCGGUAACUAUUUUGCAUUUAGGCAGGGGAGGGUUUGGUGGGGUGUAUACAUGAUGGGUGGAGGGAGGGGUGUCCCGAUGAUUGCCAGUUCAUCGAAAUGCGUUUUUUUGUACUUGGGUUUAGUCGAGGGGGCAGUGUCAUGGGAGGGAGUGUUUUGUACUUAGACUGAAGAUGGAUAAAAGGGGGCAGUGUAAUCUCAAUUUUAAUACCAAGAUGAAUAUACAAAGACUGUUGAAGGGGUACCGAUGUACGUACUUUAAAUUGACUAAUUUCAUUGGGUUUCAGCCAAAUGGGGGGGCACCAGAUUCACUGGGCAAAAGCAUAUAUUUUCCCUGAGAUUUAAGCAGGGUAAACACCUGGAAGAAGUUUUUAGCUUUAUACAUGUCCCUGUGUGCUCUCCAUGCCCCACUUUACAUCCACUGGCCUCCAGUGAACACUCACCCUCAUUCCUUCGUAGUCUGUAUGAACGCAGAUUGCAAUGGUGUUCCCACCAUACAGACCUUCUUAAAAAUUUUAGCACAGUUACAGUAAUAUCCGAUUAACCAUUAGCAUUGGCUGCUGGUUUGUGAGCUACGUCAACUGGGUUUUGGAAAAUGCCGUACAUCUUGGAAUUUUCUUUGUACUGCGCUAACUUUCAGCAGUUAAUUUUAGAAAGGUACAUGUUAUAUGGGAGUUACGCAUCACUACUUAUCAAACAAGAUGCUCAGGUUAUUUCUGUUAAUGUAUCCCUAAACGUAAAGAUUUAGACGUUUUUUCCUUCCUCGAAGACUAAAGGUUUGUACGUCUUGAACCAAAUUUUUGUUAACCUAGGAAAAAGAGAAUUGAAUAAAGAAUAUCUUUAAUACUCACUCCUGUGACACUGUGACAAUUCCUUGAAUACUGGUGUUUUCAGCUAUAAACUUUGUGGUACCAGAUGUCUGGGCAAAGCAGCAGCCAAUAACCAUGUUGUAGAGUAAUAUAAAUUUAAACAAAAAAUUAGUCUGGCAAACUUGGGUGGCUAAAUUGACGACAACAAUAAAGAAUUGGAUAUGGGGUGAGAUUAGUUUUAAAGGCUAUAAUAGAUGUAGAACUCAAAGAUGGUUGAACACUUUCUUGCUUUCCUGUCUCCUCAACUGCUUUUCUUUCUUUAUUACAAGGACCACAAUUUAUGUCAGUGAGACUUCUGCAGAAAACUUUUGCUUUGCGGUCAAAUUUUCAGUCAGAUCUUUUUCUUCCCUUUUUUUCUGCUAGUGGCCAGGAUUUUCCAAGUGUCAAAAGAGGUAGCAAAGUUAUGAUUUGAGUGUUUUUCCUGAUCCUGGAGUCAAAUGGCAUACACACUUUGUCAUGAAGAAUGGUUGUCACUAUAUUGAUUCUACAGGACUGCAGUACAAAGUUGCUGAAGAAAAAAAAAUCAUCAGUUGGGUUGUUGUAAACAUGUCCUGGGCUUAUCUGGUAACUGUAUUGUUGAGUUGGUUUGUCUUUUAAUUUUUGAUAUUGUGACUGUUAUUUAGUCCUCAAAGACAGACAUGGACUUUUUUUUUUUUCUUUUUUUUAAUUUUCCUUUCCAUGUUGUAUUUUGUUUUUGAAAUCCCA